AUGGCAAAACCAGCAAGUCAUUACAAUAAUUUAAGAAUUGCUCUACUCGGAGCCGGUUUAGUCGCAAUUGGCGAAGGUUGCCAAAACGGUGCCGACAGGAGUUAUCAAUACUCUCAGCAAAAGUUUGCCGAAGCAGAAGCUCUACGCCAACAAGGUCAAGCAGACAAAAACCAAGAUAACCAAGAGUUUAAUGAUGGAUUAGCACGAGAAAGAAAGGCUGAAUUAAGCGAAAGCGAAGUCGAGAGCGACUUGGAAGAUA